AUGCAACUCACCACCAUCCCCUCUCUCUUCCUCGGCCUCACGGCUUUCAUCGCCCCCCUGGCCCUUGCCUCUCCUACCCCCAUCAACAGCAACAGCAACAACAACGGCAACGCCAACCUGCCCUUCAACCUGAUCAACAAGCACCACAAGACCGUCGUUACCAGCCGCCAGACCGACUCUGUGGACACCACCCCGACUUGCGUGUCCGAUCCCGAGGGGUUCAUGACCAUGUUCGACGCACGCUCUUGUCUCGAGGAGAUCGCCGCCAAGGGCAGCGAGCAGGUGACGGUGCCGGCGCCGGGGAGGGCGUUGUGCGAGAGGAGCAGUGGCAAGUUUUGGGCGGGGGUUAGUAUGCGGGGGACGCAGGUUGCUGAUGCGUCCGACAUGGCUGCUGCUGGACAGCUUAUUUUGGACGCCUGCAAAUUUGAUGGCGUUGUGGGCAUGCAGACUGAGAUGACGGGUGGUGGAGCGUACGUGGCUACCAACGGCAACAUCUAUGUCAUGUUCUCCAAGGAUGAGGAGGAUGAUUGA